AUGAUGUUGUCCAUUGCAGCUCGUCGAUUACCAGUUGCAGCUGUCAUUCGUCACAGUGCAAUUAAUUCAACUCAUUAUUACCGUCUACCUCGUGUUGCAGGAUCUGCACAUCAAUCUCGAGCAUUUCUUGGAGGUCUUCGUGAUUUUCUAUUUGGUCCCAAGAAACCGUCGGCAGAAGAGGAAAAGGCCGCUAAGGUACUGCAGAUGCAAGAGUCAUUGGAGUCUACGCAGCAUCAUACUCAGGAGAUAGACGAGUCUAAGGAGGAGAAGAUUCAAGUGGUUGGUAGCUUAGACUCUACUACCUACAGCGUUGGUAAGCUUGCCAAGCUCGCAGACGGAGCUGUGCUGGCCUCGUGUGGUCGCACUGUGCUGCUCACAACGGUCGUAAGUGGCAACCACAAUGGUAAUCCGUUGUCCAACACAUCAUCAUUUCAGCGCGACUUUUUACCGCUUUCAGUCGACUUUCGAGUCAAGUCGCACGCUGUGGGUCUCAUUCCAGAUAAUCAGAAACGUCGCGAAUACAUUGGCGGUGACGAGGAAGUGCUACAAUCGCGCGUCGUGGAUCGUGCAAUUCGUCCGCUAUUCCCACGCGACUACUGUGAAGAUACGCAGCUGUUAGCGACAGUGCAGUCGUACGACCCCAACAACGACCCGCUGGUGGUGGCUAUUAACUCGGCCUCAGCGGCCCUGAGCGUGUCGGGCAUUCCCUGGAAUGGACCUGUUGGUUGCGUGCGUGUCGUUGAGGUUGAUGGACAGUUAGUGGUUAACCCCACUGCUCUGCAGCGUGAUGCCGCUACUCUUGAUGUGCUCUAUGCUGGUACAGCUGAACGUGUUAUUAUGGUGGAAGUUUCGGGUGACGAGGCAAAUGAGUUGCGUGUUGAUGAGGCGCUAGAUUUGGCGCAGGCGAAUGUGCUGCCGGCGAUUGAAGAGCAGAAGAAGCUUGUUCGAGAGCAUGGAAAGCCGAAGCGUGUUUUCUCGCCACUGUUUGUUGCACCAGAGGUUUGGACCAAGGCCCAGGAGCUUGGUCGCAAGGAUGCGGAAGCGAUCAUUGCAAGAGGUCGCAUUGGCAAACAGGAUCGCCAACAAGGAGAACGUGAGGUGUACAGUAAGAUGCUGAAUGGUAUGCGCCAACACUUUGCUGGCGCAUCUCCGCCGGUGGAUGAUGCUGCUAUUCAGCGUGCUGUUCAUGACACGUUCCAGCGUAUGCUGCGUGAGCGUAUUUUGACAGUCGCAAAGGAGAGGAAAGGGCCAAAGAACAAACCCGUGCGAUUCGAUGGUCGUCCAGUUCGAAUCGUACGUCCACUAGAGAUGGAGACAGGUGCGCUGCCGAUGGCCCACGGUUCGUCUCUUUUCGCUCGUGGUGAAACGCAGACUUUGUGUUCCGUGACAUUGGGACCUCUUGAACGUGGCCUUCGUCUUCGCGGUGCACUUCAUGAAGCGCGUGAACAAGCUGAGCCUAAUGCUCCUACGCCAUUAAAGAAUGCCAUGCUGCACUACGAGUUCCCGCCAUUUUGUGUGAAUGAGAUGGGCCGCGUGGGUGGUACAAAUCGACGCAUGAUCGGUCACGGUGCUUUGGCCGAAAAGGCAGUUCUACCUAUUUUGCCUUCCAUCACUGAGUUUCCAUAUACUAUUCGCAUGACGUCGGAGGUGGUGGGUUCGGACGGAUCGUCAUCUAUGGCAACGGUAUGUGGCGUAUCGCUGGCGCUUAUGGAUGCUGGUGUACCUGUUCGACGUGCAGUUGCAGGAUCCGAGGACCAUUAUGGCGAUAUGGACUUGAAGGUGGCAGGCACAACUUCUGGUGUGACGGCAAUACAACUGGAUGUAAAACUUUCUAGUGGCGUCCCGCUUCACGUACUGAAGGAGGGACUGCGCGAAGCCAAGCAGGCGCGCCUGCAUAUACUGCGUCGUAUGGCCACCGAACUUGCUGAACCACGCAAGACUCUAAAAUCCAGUGGUAGCUCUUUGCCGAACGUGAGCAUAGAGUGCGUGAUUGCCACUAACUUGAUUGGUGCGCUAAUUGGUGUUGGAGGCAGUAACAUUCGCGAUCUGGAAUCGCGGUUUAACGUCUCUGUGAGCAUCGUAGAUCGCCGUGAAGGCAUUGUGCGUGUCGUGGGUUCAGCUGAAGACGUUGACAAGGCCCGUGAAUGGCUGCGCACAGAACUCACUGAUGUUGCAAAAGCUGGACCUCGUGGCAAUAGCAACAACGAUAGUAGCAGCAGUCGUGACAAUGACCACGGGUCUAACAAGGGCUGGUCGCACUUUUUCCGCAAAGGUGAGCGCUACACCAUGCGUGUGACCCAGAUCAUGGAUUUUGGCGCUAUUCUCCAGUCUCCUACUGGCCAACGUGGUUUUGUGCACAUUUCGGAGCUUUCUCGCGAUAAGAUCAGCAAUAUUCAGGACGUGGUGUCAGAAGGACAAGAGAUGGAGUUUGAGUGUCUGCAGGAUGGUGCUUCCGGCAAGAUGUCUCGUCGUGUUCUAUUGAAUUCAGACGGAAUCAAGGACGCUUCGACAACUUUCACUUCUUCCGAGACGUUGGUGUCUCAACACCAUUCUCCUCGAUCGUCAACUUCUUCUCGUCGACCUAAGACCACACGUCUAAGUAAAUAG